AUGUCAAGAACUACGAGUAAUCGUGCACGCGGGACAUCCAGAUUGGGAAUAUUCAUAAUUGUGGUACUCGCUUUUCUCGGGCUGGCCUUCGCACAGUAUGCGGAUGCACGACCAAUUGAAGAUUCAAGUACCUCCUCUCCUCCCAUAAUUGGUAUCAGUAUUGGGAGUUCAUACUCGUCUGUGGGAGUGAUAAUAAACGAUACCACACAUAUCAUACCGGACAAAUAUGGCAACCUUGUGUUACCAUCCGUGGUGUCUUUCACAGACACCGGUGAGGCGCUGGUGGGUCAAGAUGCAAUAGAUAUGUUGAUUUCGCACCCUGAACGUUCCGUCACUGGGUUCAAGAGGUUAUUAGGCAGAUCUUAUCAAGAGAUUGGGAAUUUCGUGAACGGCGCGCACUACAAGAUCAUUGAGAGAACUGGAAACCCGAUUAUCCAAAUUCCUCUCCAAUCUGGGAGUAGGGAAUUCCAGCCCACAGAGGUUUUAGCAUUUAUGAUUCAUGAACUGAAGAUCAUGGCGGAGGAAUUCAUUGGAGAGAAGAUUAAAGAGGCGGUAGUGACCGUACCGGCCGGCUUCAACGACAGCCAAAGGGCUGCUUUCAGGGAGGCAGCAAACAUCACUGCACUUGAUGUCGUUCGUAUAGUAAAUGAGCCAACAGCUGCUAGUCUAGCUUACAAGUUAGACAAAGAUUAUCGGCAGGAGAAAUUUGCUCUAGUCUAUAGUCUUGAUGGAACUGCCUUCGACGCAACUGUGGUGUAUAUCGAAGAUGGUGUAUUCGAGAUAUUCGGAAAUGUCAGAAGUGAGGACAUAAGCAGCAGCAACGAUGUCAGCUCGAGUAAGCUGGCACAUCAGCAUUCCGAUUCUCAACGUACCAGCUUCCAAGAGGUAAGUUCGUGUGCGUCCCUAAUGAAGAGAAAAUGCACUUUUGCUCAGCCAAAUUUACUCAUAUUACAGGAAUUCCUUAACUCUUUCAAUGCCGACCAAGCUCUCCAAGUCAUCGACCAGGCUCUUCGAGAGGGGAAUCUCACAAUCUAUGACAUCACUGACAUCGUGCCCAGUGGUGAUUCGUCACGCAUCCCGAAGCUUCGUUCCCUACUACUGGACCACUUUCCUUCGACGCUACCCGUUCAUGAGGACAUUGAUCCUAGGCUCAUUACCACCUACGGCGCUGCAAUCCAAGGUUCCGUUCUUCACGAUGAUGGUCACAUGUCCGUUUGUUGCGUCGUUGAUGUGACACUUUGGCAGCUGGGCAUCGAAACUGCUGGUGGUAUCAUGAGCCCGCUGGUGAAACGAGGAACUCUCAUUCCGACUAAGAAGUCACUUAUCUUUACCACUACCGUAGACAAUCAGACUUCAGUAGCGGUGACAGUGUUCAAGGGUCAGCGAGACUUCGUGGCCAAAAACACGAAAAUCGGCAGCCUGGAGCUUGACGAGCUGAUUCCUGCUCCGCGAGGAGUACCAGAACUUGAGGUCACCUUUAUGGUUGACUACAAUCGGAAUUUGAAUGUGCGUCCACUAUGUAACAUGAACGGCUUUAUCUUUUCCUAA